AUGUCUUCAGCAUUAUUUGAUCUUAUUCUUCUAUGGUCAUCACAAGAAUCUGAUGUUGAAUAUACUGAAUUACAAAAUUUAUUAAAAACUGAAUUUCCUACACAAUUUAUCAUACAUUCUUUUAUAACAUCAGAACAAGCUAUUAAACAUAUAGAAUCAACAAAAAAUCCUUCUCGAUUAACAAUUGUUAUUACAAAAUUAGGUACGAAUGAUGAAAAUUCAGGUCAAAUAUUAGUCGAAACAAUUCGUCGUCAUGAAAAACAUACAUUUAUUAUAAUUCAUUCUCAUACAGCUUGUAAUGAUCCUAAUCUUCGGGAAACUAAAAUUGCAUUACCAAAUUUAAAAUGGUCUUUUGCCAGUCUUGGUGUUAAUAUGAUUACAGAAUCUAUGAUACAAAUUCGUAAUGUUCUACAUCAAUUACUUCCAUUAGGUCAAAUAAAUUCUAAAUCAACAUAUACAUGUCCAUAUUGUAAAUGGUCAUUAUUUUCAUUUUCACAACUUUAUAUACAUGUUCCACUUUAUCAUACAAAUGAAGAAGAACUUUCAAUAAAAUGUCAAAUAUGUCAACGAUCAACACGUAAUUAUGCUGUACAUUUACAUGAAGAACAUAAUGAUGAACAUCAACAACGUUCAAUAGCUACACCACUAUAUGCAUUUUCAUUAGUUGUAUGUCAACGUAAACGUGAUAAUCGUUUUCUUGUUGUUCAAGAAUCAGGUUCAAAAGGUUUUUGGUUACCUGGUGGUCGUGUUGAAAUAGGUGAACAACUUGAUAAAGCAGCUGAACGUGAAACAUUAGAAGAAGCAGGUGUUAAAAUACGUUUAAUUGGAAUAUUAAAAAUUGAAUUUGUACCACGAUCAGAUAUUAAUCGUCUUCGUAUUAUUUAUUUUGCUGAACCAUUUGAUGAAGAUAAUUGUGAACCAAAAACUAUACCUGAUUAUGAAAGUUAUGGAGCUAUGUGGUUAACAUAUGAACAAACAUUACAAUGUAAUACACAAGGUCAAUUACGUGGAAAUGAACCAUUGAAAUGGUUUAAAUAUAUUGUACAAAAUGGAACUAUACAUUCGUUAAGUAUACUUUCGAAAACUGAAGUUUAA